CAAGAAAGUCAGCUUCAGAGCUUUUGAUUUACAUCGGUAGACCAGCGUCCCCUUCCUCAGCCAGGUGGAUUUAAAUGUUUAGUCGUUUACAACACAUUGGCCUGUCAUGUUGCUCCGUGACCAGCAAGUGUCGCUGUCGCCAUUUACUAGCAUCUUUCACGCGUCCUCCACUUCCGUUUACGUCCGCGCUCACAACACGGAAUAUGGCGGCUAGCUCGUAUCGGAACCCUCCUCCUUUCCCUGCUUCAGAGGAGCCAGAAACUGGACAGACUGACAUGGCAGAUGAGGACAGCGACGAGGGAGAGGACAUCUUUGUUUGCAGCAGUAAUCCUGUGGCUGUGAGCUGUCAGCCUGGCCGAGCUAAUGAAGAGUCUCCAGAUCUGUUCAAUGAGGAUGAGGUCAGCAACACAACCACCAAAUCCAAUGGAGCUCCCUCUGAUGAUGACAAUGACCUGUUUGAUGAGGCACACGUGGAGCUGAGUACAGACAAGCCUGGCAGCUCUGGUAGGAAGGAGCUCUCUGCCUCCUCUGGUCCUCAUCCCACCUCUACGUUCACCCAGGGCCCUGCAGCCGUGCAGCCCGCUUCCUUGGAACAGUUGGAGGAGGAAGAGGCCAAGGAUAGUUUUGAUGUGGAUGUUGCUGUCACCAACCCCGAGAAAAUCGGAGACGGUAUGAAUGCGUAUGUGGCCUACAAAGUGUCCACCAGGACUUCAUUGCCCAUGUUCAAGAGUAAGACCUUCUCAGCCAGGAGGCGUUUCAGUGACUUCCUGGGUCUUUAUGAGAAGCUGUCGGUCAAACAGUUGCUCCACGGCUGCAUCAUUCCGCCACCGCCAGAGAAAAGUGUCGUGGGAAUGACUAAAGUGAAGGUGGGGAUGGAUGACCCUUCAUCGGUAGAGUUUUUGGAGAGAAGACGAGCAGCUCUGGAGAGAUAUCUGAAGAGAGUGGUCUCUCAUCCAAUGUUAUUACAAGAUCCUGAUGUCCGUGAGUUCCUGGAGAGAGAAGAUCUGCCCAGGGCAGUGAAUACCCAGGCGCUGAGUGGAGCUGGCUUCCUCAAAAUGAUCAAUAAGGCAUCAGAUGCUGUCAACAAGAUGACCAUCAAAAUAAAUGAGUCCGAUACUUGGUUUGAGGACAAGUUCCAGGAGGUGGUAAAUGAGGAACAGCAAUUGAGGAAGCUUCAUUCUGUGGUCGACUCCCUGGUCAGUCACAGGAAGGAGCUGUGUGGAAACACAGCAGUAUUUGCCAAAAGUAUGGCUAUGUUGGGAAAUUCUGAGGACAACACAGCCCUAUCACGGGCCUUGUCCCAGCUAGCAGAGGUGGAGGAUAAGAUGGAGCAGCUGCAUCAGGAGCAGGCAGCCAGUGAUUUCUUCAUCUUUUCAGAGCUGCUGGCUGACUACAUCCGCCUUCUGGGUGCUGUGCGGGGCUGCUUUGACCAGCGAGUACGAGCGUGGCAACGAUGGCAGGAAGCUCAGAGCACACUGCAGAAGAAGAGAGAGACUGAGGCCAAGCUGCUGUGGGCCAACAAGCCAGACAAACUGCAGCAGGCCAAAGAAGAGAUCACUGAGUGGGAGGCGAAGGUUACUCAGUACGAGAGAGAUUUUGACAGGACUGGCAUGGCUGUGCGCAAGGAGGUUCUCAGGUUUGAGAAAGAAAAAGCCAAGGACUUCAAGAGCCAAAUAAUCAAGUAUUUGGAGGCGAUGCUGCAAUCUCAACAGCGGCUGAUAAAGUUUUGGGAGGCAUUCCUUCCGGAGGUGUGAAGAGGGAGGCUUCUUUUUUAAAAGACCCCAACUGCCUUUUUUGAACACUUUACCUCUUGAUCAGGACUUGAGAGGACAAUUUAGAAACACAUAAAACUUGCAUCCAUUUUUUUCUUUCGUCUUUUUUACUCAUAGUGUAUUCUCUAAUUUGGUACAUUUCUUUGAUACAAAAAGCUGCCACAUUUACAUACUAUUUCUUUAGCAUAAUGACUUUUUACUGAAAAGCAAUCCAAUAGAAAUUAACCCAGCCGUAGUAUUUGUAAAUCCCACUGUCUCUCAGUGAGAUGUAUAUAUUUAUGUCUUGCUUAAACUACUAUAUUAAAGUAUUAACACUGAGGUACUACCCUAGAGUAACAUUGACUCUAGGUUACGUUGGAAAAGCUGGUUUUUCUUAUUUAAAAAAAAAAAAAAAAA